AUCUACUCCCUUCUAAGCAUCAAACUAAACCUCUUCCACUCCUCCAUUUAACCUCGCAUUCUUCUUCUUCUUCUUCUUCGCCAUAGCAAGACAAUUAAUGGAACAGUACUCCAAGGACGGCGAGCCGAGCGCGCGGGUCCAAGUCCUCCAGCAAUCCGAUGGAUUGAGCAUCGUGAUCAGCGACAGCCAUGGGUCCACCUUCUUCGAGCCUCAGAGAGAGUUGAGCGACCUGCAAAGCAUCAACAACGACGACGCUGCCGGCCGCUCUGGAAGGCAUGGUGACGAUGCCCCUGAGAAGAAGCUGACCCUCUUCGCCCUCCGCCUCGCCAUUCUUGAAAAGGCCGCCAGCGGCCUCGGCGCGCUGGGCUUCGUCUGGGCCACCGUCGUCCUCCUCGGCGGCUUCGCCAUCACUCUGGAAAGAAAGGACUUCUGGUUCAUCACCGUCAUCCUUCUCGUCGAAAGCACCAGGAUAUUCAGCAGGAGCCACGAGCUCGAGUGGCAGCACCAGGCCACUUGGUCCCUCACCGAGGCCGGCCGGUCCAGCUUCCGCGCCAUCAAGUCCAGCUCCCGCCUCCUCUUCCGAGCCAUCCUGGCCGUCUUCCGGCCAUUCUCGAUCGAAAGCAGGAGAAUUGCUGGAGAUGUGAGAAAGUUCAGCGAGGCCCCCGUUACGGCGCAGCGGACGUGGUAUACCUCCGAUGUCCCCCUCCUCCCCUAUGCCGGCUGGGUCUUCCUCUCCCGCAAUGUGAGCCGGCUUCUCUACUGGCUCCAGCUCCUAUCGGCCUCGUCGUGUGUCUUGCUGUCACUGAUGCGCCUCAUCGAGCAGGACUAUGGAGUGGUACAUGACGGCGACACCGACAAGAAGAACCGGCGGUCGGCGCUGAACAUUUUCUACGGCUUGGCCCUUGCAGAGGCUCUGUUAUUCCUUGCUGAAAGGGCCUACUUGGAGUGGAAGAUCAGCCACCGCCGACUGCUCGACCAAGUGAGCAUGGAGUGCCACCUCGGUGCCUACGGCAUGGUGUCGAUCAAGAGGUUCUUCUAUGAUGCCUACUCGAAAUGUCUCAAUGGGAGCAUCUUCGAUGGGCUCAGGAUGGACUUGAUCACCUUCGCUGAGGAGCUCCUCGCCUCGAGCUCCCGUGAUGAGCAGCUCAUCGGGGCACGCAUCCUGCUCAAAUUCUCGACCAGCCACCGGUUCGCCGAUGCCACACUCCGCAAGAUUGGGACAUCCACCCUGGUUAUCGAGAGGCUGAUUGAGAUGCUGAAUUGGAAGAAUUCAGCUGAGGUGGAGCUCAGGAAGUCAGCUGCAGUCAUUGUCUCAAAGCUUGCCGGGAAGAAGCAGAAUGCGCUCCGGGUUGCAGGGAUUCCAGGGGCCAUGGAGUCCAUCUCCUCAUUGUUGUACACCGGACCACGUUGCUCGAACCCGAAGCCUGAUGAGGUUGGUCACCAAUGCUCCGCUGCCGGCCGAGCAAACUGCGAGUCCUCGGUCUUCAAUCUAUUGGGUCUGCUGAUCCUUAAGAAGCUUGCAAACGAUCAUGACAAUUGUGGGAAGAUGGGGCACGCUAGAGGUCUGUUAGCUAAGAUUAUAGACUUCACCAGCGGCGGCAGGAGGCUAGGAAGAAGGGAGGGGGUGUCAGAGUCUCAAAUUAAAGCAGUGAAGAGGUCGUUGCAGGUGGUGAAAAUGCUGGCAAGCACAAGUGGGAGCACUGGCAGGGCACUUCGUCAGGAGAUAUCAGAGAUAGUUUUCACAGUGAGCAACAUAAGAGAGAUCUUGCAGCAUGGAGAACACUACAUUAUGCUUCAGAAGUUGGGAAUUGAGAUUUUAACCAGCCUGGCGAUGGACAAGGAGGCGAGGGAGAGAAUUGGGAGCACUGGGGGAAUAGUCAAGGAACUGCUGAGGAUCUUCUUCAGGACUGGGUUUACUGAGGAUCAUAAUUCCGUGAAGGUUGAGGCAGGGGAGGCAUUGGCGAUGCUGGCAUUGGAAAGCAAGCAGAAUUGUGACAGGAUUCUGAAGGAGGCUGGUGUUGUGGAGCGGCUUGUGAGCUCUUUGAGUGACCCAGUGCUUCGGAUUCAUUCGUCGAGGAUUCUGAGGAACUUGUGCAACUAUGCUGGGACCGAAUGCUUCUUCCAGCUGAGAGGAGUCACUGCAGGCGCUACCUUGGUGCUGAAGGUGAUUUUGGUGGAAGAGAUGAAAUUACUGGAGGUAUCUCUUGGCCUGGCAGUAGAAAUCAUCAAACUCAUGAGUCCUGAAGAAUAUAAUGAGGAACUUGCUAAGGCUGGCAUUAAGGAGGCAGAGUUCCCAAAGAAGCUGGUUCAGAUAUUGAACAAGUAUAACUAUCCUUCAAUUAAGGUCCCGAGAAUAAGGAGGUUUGUAAUUGAGCUAGCAAUAGGGAUGAUGAAAUCUGAUGGAAGGUAUAUCAGAAUUUUCAGAGAUUUAGGCAUGGAAAAGGAGCUUGAGCAUGUCUCAGGAACCACAUCAGAGCUUGAAUGCUUCAAUGUUUUCUCUGGGAGUGUGGGACUGAGCAGACACAACACAACCCUCUGCUCUCUAGUGGACAUUGCAUUAGAGAUGAUGGGCACAAAAUGACGCCACAUACACCCAUGUUUUCACUCCUCUUACAAAAUAAACAAUGCGGUUGAAAAUUAUUUUCUAUUAGCAUUGUAUGCCAUAUUCUUUCAUUCAUUAUAUCAAUGAAGAGUAAUCAUCUUGUUGUACC